ACUCUUGGGACGGUAGCUAAAACUUAGCAUAACAUUUUCCUAUUUCUUUUUUUUUUCUUCUUUUUUUUAUGAGUUGUUUCUUUUGAGAGGACGCUGAGUGUGGUUCACGAGUUUACGCAUAUGUUCACUCAAAUAAGAGGGAGGGAAAUGCCAAAGAAAAAAGACUCCUGAACACCCUGGACAACAUCUCUGCAUCACUUCUACAAUGUCUUCCCCUGAGGAGAAUGAGGAGAUCCCAGACCUGCAGCGAAGCUAUGUCUUUGGGAAUAGUGUUGUCAAACCACAGACCCCCCACUUUCUGCCUGAGGAUGCUGAGCCACAGGAGCUUGGUGAACCCUAUUCAACAGAGACAUUGUGUCUGAGCAGAACUAAGCUAAAACAUGUUUCGCAAAGUAUUUUGAAAAGUAACACACUAAAGUAUUUAUAUCUUGAAGGCAACCAGAUAUCCAGUAUCACAGGUUCAUUGUUCAUCAACCUGCCCAGCCUGCAGUGGCUGGACCUCAGAAAUAACCAAAUUGUGUCGCUCCCUGCUGAAAUUGGCUUGCACAGGUCUCUGAAAACAUUACUACUAGAAGGGAAUCCUAUCUCAGAACUUCCACCAGAGUUGGGAAAUGUGAUUACCCUGAGAGGCCUGAACCUGAGGAACUGCCCUAUCACUUUCCCUCCGCAAGACAUUGUGCACCAGGGUAUCCAGGGCAUCCUCCAGUACCUGAGGAGUGCCAUGGUGAAGCGACAAGUUAGCAUGAGGAAGGCCCCUGCAGAGUUGCCAGUGGUGGAGAAGCUCCAGCUGUCAGAGCUGAUGGGGUCCAGUGUGGAGGAGCAGGAUGAGUCAGUGGAUGAGGAUGAGCUGCAGAGGUUUAAGGAGCUGAAACAAAAGAUGAUCCUACUGGACAGUGCUGAGCUGGGUUCAGUAGCACAGGGUGAUAGAAACCUGAAGUCAUGUCUUCAUCCUAUUAUCAAAAGAAAAAAGGCAACUACCAAGGCCGGUAUAAUUCCUGAGCUUCGCCUGUUUGACACUCAAGACUGGAAGAGGCCAGAAGAGAGGAAACAGGCUGCAAUGAAAGAGCUGAAAGAGAAACAGGCUAUUCUCGAGCAGAGGAGAAAAAGCCAAGAGGUUCUUCGGAACUGGCGCACACAAGCCAAGAUCACACAGGAGAAGAAAAUGUCAACGCGCAAGCAGAAGAAGAAUGAAAGACAAAAAAAAUCAGAGGAAGCAGAGGCAGAUUUAGAACCUGAUGUGGAGGAAAGCAGUGAUACUCUGCAGAGGCAGAUGUCCACCAUGUCCAUCAAAGAGUGUGAGGAGACCAGAUCGGCCCGUGAGCUAGAGCGGCAGAUCCGUGCCCAGGUUGAGAAGAUGCAGGAGAGACGCAGGAAUCCCAGGGGCACAACCAGCGAGCAGAUGGCAGCGGCAGAACAAGAUGUGGAAGAGAUGCGGAAGUUACAGAAGCGGCUUCUAGAGAGGAAGAGAAACCGAGGAAGAGAUCCUGAAAAUUGCUUUACUAUCUUCACUGGAGACACCUGGCCGAGUUUCCUUGACAAGUGACAGGGAUUAUAUAUCCCUUCUGUUUGAGUUUGAUGUUAUUGAUUUCAUACUCAAAAGUAACUGUAAGGAUGAAUCCUUUUAUGAAUGACCAUUGUAAUGCUCAUAUAUUAAA